GAGGUGGUGGCGGAGGCGGGGUCAAGCAGAGCGUCAGCCGGAACAGCAACAUCCGGAGCAGCAGCUCCAACAGCACCAUGGCCUCGGCCAAUCACCGGGGUGGCGGCGGACGAGGCGGUGGCGGUGCCGUCGCCGGCGCUGGAGCGGAUGGCAAUGCGAUCGUCGGCCUGCAGAUCGGUUCCGCCUGGUUUCAGCGCAAGAUCAACCUGAGGCCGCAGCACCGCGGCGUCCACCUGGUCACCGAGGAGAUCCUCCGACAGAUGCCGGAGCUGGCGCACUUCUCGGUGGGAUUAUGCCACAUGCAAAUUCUUCACACAUCGGCGAGUUUAGCGUUAAACGAAAGCUGGGAUCCAGACGUCAGAGACGACAUGGAGAUGAUGUUGAAUAAAAUAGUUCCCGAAGGAUUGCCCUAUAGGCAUUCGUGCGAGGGACCCGAUGAUAUGCCCGCGCACGUGAAGGCCUGCUUCCUGGGCAGCUCCCUGACAAUCCCGAUCACCGAUGGCAAGCUGUCGCUGGGCACGUGGCAGGGCGUUUGGCUGUGCGAGCACCGCGACCAGGCCGGGUCCCGGAAGCUGGUGAUCACGCUGACCGGAUGUCCGCGCGAACAGGCCCGCAGCCCGCUGUCCCCCGUCUCGCCGAUCGCCAGCACGUCCAGUUAGGGGCGGCCUCGCUCCACCCGCGACAGCCGGUAAUCGCGGGGGAGCGACAAUAAUGCCAUCAUUUCGUCGAGGCGGCUGAUACUGCAGAAGAACUUGGCUAAGGCGAAUCUGGCCCAGCAGCGGGCGGCGGCGGUGAUUGCCGCCGGUCGGGGCGGAUUGGGUGGUGGUCAACAGGAUGCGUUGGCACCGCCCAAUAUACCCGGCAUGGAGACGAAGACCGGCCGCCUGCUGCUUCGCCAGCAGCUGCACCUCAAUCUCAAUCUGAAUGUGCAGGAAACGUUGCGCGAUGGCGUCGACAUCGAUGAUGUGGACGAGGAUGUCGACGAGGACGAGGACCUAGACCUAGACCUAGACCUAGAAACCGUCACAACAGUGCCUCUUAACAAUGAACAACUUAAUGCUAAGGUCACCACCACAACAUCCAGUUCAUCAGCAGCGAGCAGUGCAUUAGCUAAAUUCAAUCGCAUCAUUGACUCCACCUUGGAGCGGCCACCAGUGGCCCUAGAGUACUCCGGAUUGCCCAAGUUGAGCAGUGCCACAUUGCAGCAGCGCUUCAAUCUGGCCUAUCCGGAGUUGGUGAGCCAACAGCAGCAGCAACAGCAGCAACAUCUGCAACAGCAGCAGCAACAACAUCUGCAACACCAUCAGCAGUUGCAGCUGCAACAUGAUGCGACCAAGCAGAUCAGCAGCCUCCAGGGGAACCCCAGAUUGGAUCGUGGAACGGGCGCCGUUGCCAGCACCCCAUUAACACUUCAAGCACCCAAAACUCCAGCAACGGCGACGGAGGAGCAAAUGGAUCCGGGGCAAACCCACGACGACGAUCAAGACGACGAUGAUCAUCCCCACCACGACGAGGAUAAUCAAACGAAACGAAAUGAUGUGCAUUAUUUGUUGAAACAGUUGAAUAGUUUUAGUGAUAUAGAAGAAAUAGAAAUUGUUGAUAUGAAGCAAAGAGGUCAGCGGCCGCCGAUGGCGUCCAGUUCGUUGGCGACCAUGAUGCCGCCACCCUCGCCGGCACCGCCGGCCUCCCCAUCCACGCAGUCGCACCGGCUGGGGCCGCGGUUCGCCUCCUCAGGCGACAGUUCGCUGGUCCUGCCGCAGCACCAGUUCGACGACUACCUGUUCGAGUCCUGCCACUACCUGGAGACAAACUACUUUGCCGCCACAUACCGCACUGCCAUGGUCGAGAGCAGCUCCCACGAGUUCCGGCCCUCGACCAACAGCAGCUCGAACAGCUUCGAGCUGCACGAGAUGGAGCCGCCCAGUGUCAUCUGCAAGGCGGGGGCACCACCUCCUCCUCUGACCUCCAGUCAUUCUGGUCAUCCAGGUCACCUUGGUCAUCCGGUUCAUCCGCCGCCGCGGUAUCAAUUCGAGUACCAGGCGGAGACCCGGCUGACCACCAGUGGGGUGCAGACGGAGCUCACCGUCGAGUCGCUGGCCAAGAUGAGCAACUGCAGCGGGAGCAGCUCCUCCUCGACGAGGGCUCCUCCCUUCUUCCGUUGCUGCUACACGCCCAUCGAUCGCUGGCGGGAGAGGAGGCAGCAGCAGAAGAGCUCCUCGGCCUCCUCGUCCGCCGCCCAGCCGCCCAAGGACGUCUGACACUGGGCGUGGCAGUCCACUCGGAGAUCCAACAUGUGCCUGGCUAACUUACAUCAGGGAUGCAAGCCGGGGGAAAAUUGGGAUGGGUUCGGAAUUUGCAGACAUGGUUCGGUUUAAUGGGUUAACGUAGCAUUUUUCGGUCUAAAAAUUAGGGAGAUCUUGAAAUUUUUGGAUAUUUUUGAAAUCUAACAGUUUAAAAAUAACAUUCUUAUAUAAUUCUUGAGCAACUAACUUUUUCAUCUGAAUUCCGUUAUUUAAAAAAUUGGUUAACCGUAAUUCUACUCUCUAAUAAUAUCUUAAAUAUUUUAUUUUUAAAAUUCAAGACCGAACCACUUGCCUUAUAAAAAUGAUAAAAUAAAAUCAUAAACGGUUUGCAUCCCUGUUAUUUUGGUCGCUGUUCUCAUUUGCGAUAUCAACAAGAGAUUCCAUUUCGAUCGACAGUCGAUACACGAAUCACGAAUCCCUUAUCAUUCGAUGAAAGUUCAUUAUUGUACAAUUUAUAAAUGCUAAAACGUAAACAAGAAAUGUUAGUAAACAAUUUUUUAUACACACACCAGCCACACAGACAUUCGCACAUUUUUGCAAUACACCAAAGUAAAUGAUUUGGAAGUUUGUAUAAAUACUUAAGAUUGUUAAAUGUCUGGCAGAAAACUUGGAUGGCAAACGAAUACUGAUUCCAAUUGAAUUUAAAACAUUUUCGGCUUUCUUUUUGAGAACUAGCCAGGUUUUCUGCUAAGCAUUUGCCUAAGCUGAACUCAACUUGGGCCUAAAGUUGUAUUCGAAAAUGUUUCAACAGAAGAAAAUAUUGUUAAAAAUUAAAUGAAAACGUAGGGGACGCGAGAGCUUGUAUAGUAAGUUGAUGAAUAAAGUAAUUGAGAAUGAUGUUGAUAGUGGUCAGAUCAAAUGCAUAGAUGAAAGGCGCGCACGCCGGCACUUUUAAUUUUGUAGUCUAGAUUCCUGUUCCUCUCGCUUUACCAAGUCCGAUUGGUCUGUCUAUAUAUAUAUGGCAUUCAAAUUGACAAAUUAUCUGCGUGCGCGUGGGUUAUACGAUCCCCGAAACGGAUCAAAAACGAUAUAAAACAAAAGCAAUUGUUACAUCAAUUAGACACUAUAUUCUGUUGACUUAUCAUUUAAGCCCACUUUUUUCGUUUCGAAGAAUAAGCUUUUAAGGAAUUGUUGUUAGAGCACAAGAGAUACUGGCUAUACAAGCAAACCAAAUACGAAACGAUUCAACUCUUAAACAACCAAGAGCAAUAUUAGUUUUUAAAUCAGUUCGGAUUUGUCAAUUUUGUUGAGAACAUAUGCAAGUAAAAUACAUCAAAAUAUAUCACUAACUUGAAUAAGCCUCGAGAUCACGCUUUGGUUUAUCGGAAAAUAAAUAUAUAUACGCAAUUGGAA